CUCUCACCCCUCCUCUCCCAUCCAAAACAUGUCGCUGCUGAGCGCCGAAAGCGUCGUCGAAACCACUACCGGCCCUGACCAUGAUAUAUGCGCGGUGUUCAAAACAGCUUUUCACCCCACUAAGGGGAAUAUCAUCGAGUGGAGCGUGAAGACCUCGGAUGACAUAUCCCUCGAUGGCAUCGAGUUCUCCACUCUGCCGAGUGGGUUGCAUGUGGUGGACGAGGAUGUGAUAUAUUUCACGAAAGGCGCGAGGGAAGGUGUAUGCGUGUUCAGACGGACGAAGACGGACGCGGAGGGUCAACGUGGCUUCAAGCUAGGCGCGUUGGGUGUACUGCUAGAGGAAAGCACUCGGUCUCGGCCGUGGCUGCACGUCGAGAAUCUGAGGCGAAUGGCGGAUCUCCAGCAAGAUGCUAUCGAUCCGAAAUCUCUCUCACACUAUUUCGAAGAGUACCAAGUCUCAGAUGUACCGCAACCUGUUGAAGAAGACCUCGAGGACGAAGUAAAACAAGCCGGGUCCUCGCAUCCAUACUUCCACCUAUCCUCCUUCCUGCGGCAACUCGGACCCACCUCUCUCCUCCUCUACAAGUACGCCCUCGCCCGCCGGCGUAUCCUGAUCUACACCCACCCAGCUGUGGAAUCCGCUUGUCAACUCGCCUGGUGUAUCCAAGCGAUAGCCGAUAUGGGCACGUUCGAAGCUGGCAAAGGCCGAGGCGAGAAGGUGCCCGUGCUCGGCUUGGUCGGGCUGAUCGAUAUCGACCGGCUUAAGGCUGAGGGCGAAAAGGGUCGUGGAUGGAUCGCCUGCACUACCGACGCGAUCUUCCUUGAACGACCGCAGCUGUUCGACCUGAUACUGGAUAUGACGACGACGCCCCGAUCAGCCUCAUCUUCUUCGACGUCUUCAGAGCCCGCACCACCACCAAGACCGAACUUCUACAUCUCCACGCGUAUCCCGCACCCUCUCAAACCUAAAGAGACGCACAUCCUUCGCCCAGCGCACUUUGCAUGGUCCGACCUUCCGUUCUGGUCCUCGCUCGAGCGGUAUAUCCCACCCGAGGGACAUCCAGUCAACAAGAGCUGGCAAGACCCCUGGCAGAUGUAUGAAGACGUGUGUAUGAUGUGUGCCGGGAUGUUUGUUGGGAGUUGGCGCAGCUCGGGCGUCAGGCUGGAAGGAGAGGAAGCCGAUCUCCGCCGCAUACAGACGAGGCCGAAGGUCAACGCAGGGGGACAUCAUCGUUCUCCUUCUGGAGGGUCAGUGCGUUCCGCCCCGGUGGGAGAGAUGUCCAUCCCCCCGAAGAGGAACGCGAUCGAGGCACUGCGCCGAGCAAGCGGCGCGACGAGCGAGCAGCUCUCGGCGACCUCGUUGCCGAACCCCGACACCGGAGUCGGCGCGGAGUCCGAGUCACCUCAUCUGGAUAACGUCACUUCUGCUCUGCUUCUCCUCUCCCAGUUCCAGGCCAACACCGCUGCACUCCUGGCUUCCUUGUCUGAUCUUGUCAUGCCCCCUCUGACUCCAGAUGUCCCAGCGACUACCCCCGGCCCCGGUGCCCGUCCAUCCCCCAGCCCGUCGGGCAAGCGCCGUCGUCCCUCGCCCAGAUCGGUAACGCUCACACCGCGCGACCUGCUCGCUCUCAAGCUCGGACCGCUCAGCGCUGGGGAUGCCAAGUUCGUCGAGUGGCUCGCGCUGGAACGACUCGGUAUGCGGGUGAGCGUGAGACGCGGAUGGUGGGACCUGAGCCUGGGCUUGCUAGGCUGGUGA